UUUAGCUCCAUUUUCUCACUCUCCGUCGCUAUCUCAGACAUAGACAGCUCGCCGGCCGUGUGGCUUUGGCGCUAUCCUCCUUAUCGGAUCUUCACCCGCUUCUCCGCUGACCCGACCCGUUACCGACCCUCUCUUUUCAUCCAUCUGCAGAGAGAGAGAGGGGGAGAGAUCAGAAAUUGAUGGUGAGAUCUCAGUGAUUGACGCUGGAGAAAGGGGGAACACCGGGGAGCUUGAUAUGGUUGCAUUGGAAGAUCAUGUUUGCUAUUUGCGUGGCCUGGAAAAAGGAGAAAACAAAAGAACACAUCUGAAAAUGGGAUCAGCGGGGGAGGACAAUGACCUGGAACUCGAGAUGCAAGCACUUGCUAAUCAUUUACCAGCUACAAGGAAGAGAUAUGCGUCUGAUAUUCUUCAUAUUGGGGCGUAUUCAGAUUUUCCAGAGUCAUUCUCACUUGGGAGAACAGUUCGGAGAAUAUUAACAAGUAUUAGUAUCGUGAUGUUGUCAACAAAGAUUAAUUUGUUACUCCCAUUUGGACCCUUGUCAAUUGUGCUCCAUUAUCUCACCAAGAAACAUGGAUUGGUCUUUUUCUUCAGCUUGAUAGGCAUAGCACCUUUAGCUGAGCGUUUGGGUUAUGCAACUGAACAACUUGCAUUCUACACUGGCCCCACAGUUGGGGGACUUCUAAAUGCUACUUUUGGGAAUGCCACUGAAAUGAUAAUCGCGAUUUAUGCACUGCAAAAUGGGAUGAUUCGUGUCGUCCAACAAUCAUUACUUGGCUCCAUUUUAUCAAACAUGCUCUUAGUUCUAGGUUGCUCAUUCUUCUCUGGUGGGAUUGUACAUUGCAAGAAAGAUCAAGUAUUCAACAAGGCAACUGCUGUUGUAAACUCAGGAUUGCUGCUGAUGGCUGUAAUGGGGCUAAUGUUUCCAGCCGUGCUUCACUUUACACAUUCAGAGGUGCAGUAUGGAAAGUCGGGCUGCAUCAUGCUCGUGGCUUAUGCCAGCUAUCUUGUUUUCCAACUGAAGAGUCACCGCAACCUUUAUAAUCCCAUUGAUAGUGAAGAUAGACCUAAUGAGGAUGACUCUGAUGAAGAGGAAGUUCCGGAGGUGACUCUAUGGGAAGCAUUAGUAUGGCUUGCUGUUUUGACCAUAUGGAUUUCUGUUCUUUCUGAAUACCUGGUUAACGCCAUAGAGGGAGCUUCUGAUUCAUUGAACCUGCCUGUGGCAUUUAUAAGUGUCAUUUUACUACCUAUUGUUGGAAAUGCUGCUGAGCAUGCAAGUGCAAUCAUGUUUGCUAUGAAAAAUAAGCUUGACAUAACCUUGGGCGUUGCAAUUGGCUCAUCUACGCAAAUAGCAAUGUUUGUGAUUCCCUUCUGUGUGGUUGUUGGUUGGAUCAUGGGGAAGCCGAUGGAUUUGAAUUUCCAAUUAUUUGAGACAGCCACUCUCUUCAUUACAGUUUUAGUUGUUGCAUUUAUGUUGCAGGAAGGCACAGCAAACUAUCUGAAGGGGCUAAUGCUUAUUCUAUGCUAUCUCAUAGUAGCAGCCAGUUUUUUCGUGCAUGUGGAUCCUACAACCAGCGAUGAUUGAAUUUGAAGCUGGAAUAUCCUCAACUGUAGCAGUAGCCCAAAUAUCUAUGCCCUCUGGUGAGCAGAAAGGUACAGAUUUGCUGAUGAGUUGGAUGGCAAGUUUAAGGGGAAAAAAAGAACUCAGUGCAAUACCUUACUAACUCCCUUCACUGGAACUCUUCCAACCCUGCAAAGACUAGAUACGUCAUUUGAAAGCAGGGAAUCUAGGUUAAGCUGCGCAUAGCGAAGGCGAAGAAGGUGGGGAUGUUUGAAUAGGCAUCAUUUGGCUUGAUUCUUUUGUCAAUAGGAGGUAAUAUUGUUCUCUGGAAAACGAGCUUCAUGUUAGUAGAUCUUGUUACUGUCCGUAUAUGAUGUAUUUCCUUUUUUUCUGAAGGCCUUAGAAAACAGUCUGUAUAUUAAAACUCUUGAUGAUCUUAGUGGAAUGCAAGUAUUGUACUUAGCACUGUAACCUUUCAAAAUACGAACAGAAAUAAGAAUGUGGUUUAUCA